AUGUCUGAUGACCUCACCCUGCAGAGACAGAAAACCACAGACUCUGAUGACCGCACCCUGCAGAGACCGAAAACCACAGACUCUGAUGACCUCACCCUGCAGAGACCGAAAACCACAGACUCUGAUGACCUCACCCUGCAGAGACAGAAAACCACAGACUCUGAUGACCGCACCCUGCAGAGACAGAAAACCACAGACUCUGAUGACCUCACCCUGCAGAGACCGAAAACCACAGACUCUGAUGACCGCACCCUGCAGAGACCGAAAACCACAGACUCUGAUGACCGCACCCUGCAGAGACCGAAAACCACAGACUCUGAUGACCGCACCCUGCAGAGACCGAAAACCACAGACUCUGAUGACCGCACCCUGCAGAGACCGAAAACCACAGACUCUGAUGACCGCACCCUGCAGAGACCGAAAACCACAGACUCUGAUGACUGCACCCUGCAGAGACCGAAAACCACAGACUCUGAUGACCGCACCCUGCAGAGACCGAAAACCACAGACUCUAAUGACCGCACCCUGCAGAGACCGAAAACCACAGACUCUGAUGACCGCACCCUGCAGAGACCGAAAACCACAGACUCUGAUGAUCGCACACUGCAGAGACUGAAAACCACAGACUCUGAUGACCUCACCCUGCAGAGACCGAAAACUACAGACUCUGAUGGCCGCACCCUGCAGAGACCGAAAACCACAGACUCUGAUGACCGCACCCUGCAGAGACCGAAAACCACAGACUCUGAUGACCGCACCCUGCAGAGACAGAAAACCACAGACUCUGAUGACCGCACCCUGCAGAGACAGAAAACCACAGACUCUGAUGACCGCACCCUGCAGAGACAGAAAACCACAGACUCUGAUGACCGCACCCUGCAGAGACCGAAAACCACAGACUCUGAUGACCGCACCCUGCAGAGACCGAAAACCACAGACUCUGAUGACCUCACCCUGCAGAGACCGAAAACCACAGACUCUGAUGACCUCACCCUGCCGAGACCGAAAACCACAGACUCUGAUGACCUCACCCUGCAGAGACCGAAAACCACAGACUCUGAUGACCGCACCCUGCAGAGACAGAAAACCACAGACUCUGAUGACCGCACCCUGCAGAGACAGAAAACCACAGACUCUGAUGACCGCACCCUGCAGAGACAGAAAACCACAGACUCUGAUGACCGCACCCUGCAGAGACCGAAAACCACAGACUCUGAUGACCGCACCCUGCAGAGACCGAAAACCACAGACUCUGAUGACCGCACCCUGCAGAGACCGAAAACCACAGACUCUGAUGACCGCACCCUGCAGAGACCGAAAACCACAGACUCUGAUGACCGCACCCUGCAGAGACCGAAAACCACAGACUCUGAUGACCUCACCCUGCAGAGACCGAAAACCACAGACUCUGAUGACCUCACCCUGCCGAGACCGAAAACCACAGACUCUGAUGACCUCACCCUGCAGAGACCGAAAACCACAGACUCUGAUGACCUCACCCUGCAGAGACAGAAAACCACAGACUCUGAUGACCGCACCCUGCAGAGACAGAAAACCACAGACUCUGAUGACCGCACCCUGCAGAGACAGAAAACCACAGACUCUGAUGACCGCACCCUGCAGAGACAGAAAACCACAGACUCUGAUGACCGCACCCUGCAGAGACCGAAAACCACAGACUCUGAUGACCGCACCCUGCAGAGACCGAAAACCACAGACUCUGAUGACCGCACCCUGCAGAGACCGAAAACCACAGACUCUGAUGACCGCACCCUGCAGAGACCGAAAACCACAGACUCUGAUGACCGCACCCUGCAGAGACCGAAAACCACAGACUCUGAUGACCGCACCCUGCAGAGACCGAAAACCACAGACUCUGAUGAUCGCACACUGCAGAGACCGAAAACCACAGACUCUGAUGACCGCACCCUGCAGAGACCGAAAACCACAGACUCUGAUGACCGCACCCUGCAGAGACCGAAAACCACAGACUCUGAUGAUCGCACACUGCAGAGACUGAAAACCACAGACUCUGAUGACCUCACCCUGCAGAGACCGAAAACCACAGACUCUGAUGACCGCCCCCUGCAGAGACCGAAAACUACAGACUCUGAUGACCGCACGAUGCAGAGACCGAAAACCACAGACUCUGAUGACCGCACCAUGCAGAGACCGAAAACCACAGACUCUGAUGACUGCACGAUGCAGAGACCGAAAACCACAGACUCUGAUGACCUCACCCUGCAGAGACCGAAAACCACAGACUCUGAUGAUCGCACCCUGCAGAGACCGAAAACCACAGACUCUGAUGACCGCACCCUGCAGAGACCGAAAACCACAGACUCUGAUGACCGCACCCUGCAGAGACCGAAAACCGCAGCGUGA